AGAUGUUACUGUGGGGGCGCUGGAAGUUAGCCGCGGGCCUGGCGGGCCUUGCUCUCAUUUUAGAGCUGUUCUAUCGGUACAUGAGGCGGAGAAAGCCUCUUCGGGAGGUGCUGUUUUUCCCGGUUCCGGUGACCUGUAUCGAGCCCGUGUUGUCUCCCAUGAAGCAAUGCUCCUGUCCACUCCCUCACACCGACAGCGCCUUCAGCCGUCUCCUCGUGCAGCUCCUCGGGGCCCAGCGCAGCCUGGAACUCUGUGUAUUCACCUUCUCCAGUCCCUCCCUGGCCCGGGCCUUGCUUAUUCUGCACCGCAGGGACGUCAGGGUCCGAGUCAUCACUGACAACGACUACAUGGCUGCCCCCGGCUCUCAGAUUGGGCCCCUGCGGAGCGCAGGUGUUGCAGUUCGACAUGACCAGUCCAGUGGCUAUAUGCACCACAAGUUUGCUGUUGUUGACGGGACAGUUGUUCUGACCGGCUCCCUAAACUGGACCGUCCAAGCAUUCCAGUCCAACAAGGAGAACAUUCUCAUUACAGAUGACACUGUGAUUGUAAAAGCUUAUCAGAAGGAGUUUGAGCGACUCUGGGAAGAGUAUGAUCCAGCAACAUAUAAUUUCUUCCCUGAGAAAGAGAACAAGUAACAAGAGGAACUAAACAUCUCUUCUUGCAAGCACUAAAUAUGGGAAAAAUACUUUGCUUUUUAAUAAAAAAAAAUGUAAACUAACCAUAUGAACGUCAGCAGUUUUACUAAAGGAAAUUUGUAGCUCAAAUCUUGCUGGACGUGAUUAAAAAAAGGUUUUACUUUA